AUGGUGCACCUUCUCAUUCCCGAUAUCAAAGCUUAUCCCGGCAAUAGGAAGGUCGAAUGGCUGAACAAGCUCGUUGGCAAGAAGAUUGGCGAGACUACUGAUGCCACUAAAUUCGCGGGAAAAGAUCUCCAGAACCUCAUCGGAUCUUCGGCCCUAGCUAUCGGCAUGGCUGACGCGCUUCAAACAGGUUGA